GGAAGCGAACCCGUAGCGUUAAAACGUGUUGACGCGAGGUACGCACAGCUUCCAAGAUGGCGGUGACCAGUGAGGGAGCCGGCGGUGCUGGUUUGAAACGGACUCAUUUGGGGAUCCCGGAAGCGGUGUUUGUGGAAGAUGUGGAGGCAUUUAUGAAGAAAGCUGGAAAUGAGACGGCAGAUGCAGUACUCAAGAAAUUGGAUGAGCAAUAUCAGAAAUAUAAAUUUAUGGAACUUAAUCUGACCCAGAAAAAAAGAAGGCUAAAGAAUCAGAUUCCAGAAAUUAAGCAGACCUUAGAAAUUUUAAAACACAUGCAGAAGAAAAAGGAUACUACUGAACCAAUGGAAACUAGGUUUAUGCUAGCGGAUAAUCUGUACUGUAAAGCAUCGGUGCCACCUACAGACAAAGUCUGUCUGUGGCUGGGGGCCAAUGUUAUGCUUGAGUACGAUAUUGAUGACGCUCAGGCUUUGCUAGAAAAGAAUCUCUCAACUGCUACAAGAAACCUUGACUCUACAGAAGAAGACCUGGACUUCCUUAGGGACCAGUUUACUACGACCGAAGUCAAUAUGGCUAGAGUUUAUAAUUGGGAUGUAAAAAGAAGAAACAAGGACGACCCUUCAAAAAGCAAAGCUUAAUGUCUCCCAGUUUUAAAUGUGACCAGUUUCUCAACAGAUUUUUAAAAGGCCCCUAACAUUUAGGACGGAGGUGACAUUCGUUUCGAGGGAGCAAAGCUGAUCGGAGAGCAGGCACCGUUUUAUUUAUUCGUUCACCCUGAUUUUCCAUGCAUGCCUUGGAUGAAACCUCUCUAUCAUGUCUGUUCUUCUCUUGCCAAAAUAUCAUUGAAUCUGAAUGAAAACAUCUUUUUUUUUACCUAAA